AUGGGUUUUUCAACAGAAAAAUUUGAAAGUUUUAUUGACAAGAUCAAUAUACUGACCAAGGUGUUUGGAAACCAAGACACCUUAGAAGUAUUAGCAGAUGCACAGAGAGUGGAGGAAGACUUGCAGAUUGUUCGUGUACCUGCGUUUUUAAAACUUAAUGUACCGAGUUCAUGGAACGAAUCAAGAAUUUUGGAAUAUCUCCAAGACAUCAGAUUGAGGGGAACAUCCGAUGCAAACAUAAGAAUUAUGGCUGUAUCACUUGACGACCUAAACAUGUACACAAAAAUAGCCAGAUCAGUACUAAAUGUGGAUUCACUGAAAAUAGAAAUAAACAAAAUAUUGUCUGGAAUACUCUCAGAAAUGGCAAUUGACAGAACCCAACAGGCUGACGUUUCUGUGAAUUUGACAAUACCAGAAUUUACGAGAGCUGAAAUGGUCAUAAAAAAAAAUAAAAGAACGUCGUCAACAAUUGGAACAGCUAUUUAUGACGAAGAUAUAAAAACUAUUUUUGAUAACGUGUUAGCGGAAUUGCGUCGAACACGGAAAAUGGAUCAAGCAUUUAAACUUCACGAAAAGAAUAUUGAGAUGAAUAUUGAAGACGUAGCAGAAAAGGCAGAGCAUCGUUCAGCUAAAUAUUAUGGCAAGUACAGAACCAAAUCAGCAUGGAUUGAAGACGGUACGGAGAUGAAUAGUGAAGACGUAGUAGAGAAAGCAGAUACUCAUUCAGCUGUUCAAGAUGGUAAGACACUAUCUAAAGCUGAAUUGUUAGGAGACAGUAGUGAUAUGAAUAGUGAAGAUUUAGUAGAGAAGGACGCUACUCAUUCAGCUGUUCAAGAUAGCAAGACUCGAUCCAGAACUGAAUUUGUUGAAAAAAAUAAUAAAGAUGGAGAUGAAAAAGCAGUUACUCGUUCAUCUGUCCAAGACGACAAGACAAGAGUAAAAGCUGAAAUUGUUAAAAACAAUAAUGAAGAUGUAUUAGGGAAGGCAGAUAUUUGUUCAGCUGUUCAAGAUGGCAAGACACGAGCCACAUCUGAAAUUUUUGAAAACAAUAAUCAAGAUGUAGUAGAGAAGGCAGAUACUCGUUCAACUGUUCAAGACGACAAAACAAAAUCCAAAGCUGAAUUUGUUGAUAUGUUACCAACGGAAAAGACAAACUACUUCAAGCUAGUGGCAUUGUUAGUUGAUACUGUAUGCCAAGUAAUCUGGAAAUAUAUAAGAGAAAAUUUACUUGGUCCCUCUAGUUUUGAAUCAUUUCUGAAUUUAAUAAAGGAAAAGCACAAAUUAAUUCACGUGUAUGAAACAAAUGUGUGUUGUGAAUGUUUGUCGGGAUUUAUAAAGGGCGAAAAUUUAAUAUCUAGAAAGCAGUUACUUCUAUUAAUUAGGGCUAGAUAA